UAUAAAAUACUUCAAAUACAGAAAAUAUGCCAUCUUUAUUUAUCUAAUGUAUAAUUUCUUAUCAUUAUUUGUAGCCUACAUUAACAGAAGAAGUAACACGAUCCUCAUCGAUGUCCUCACCUACAGAACCUCAAACAUUUUAUUCACUACAAGAAACUGACAUAGUUGAACAAGAAAGUCUUGAAAGGGAAAAUCAAGAAAAAACUUUAACUUCUCAAAUACCACCUGAACAUUUCAAUUAUACAAGAAAUCUUUUGAAAGAAGGUUUACCUCCUCGUCAAGAUUCUGAAUUAGAUAAUAAUCUUGAAGAAGAACAAAAUUGGGAUGAACCAACUUUGGAAGCACCACCAGAUGUUAGAGAUCCAUUAACAGAAAUGAUGGCUGAACAUGGCAUAAAUGUUUCACAACAGCAGCAAGUUAAAGAUCCUCCUCAAGUUAUAAUGGCAAAUAAUGAAGAAAGGACAUGGGUAGAUUUAAGAGCAAGGGCUUUAUAUGAUUAUCAAGCUGCUGACGAAACAGAAAUAUCUUUUGAUCCGGAUGACAUAAUAUCUCAGAUCGAACAAAUUGACGAAGGUUGGUGGCAAGGAAUGGCUCCAGACGGCUCAUACGGUUUAUUUCCUGCUAAUUAUGUUGAACUUCUUGACUGAAGACAAAGUAAUCUGUAAUACUUAAUGCACUGUUAAUUAUUAUUCUGUGCAGUAGUUUGCUUGUAUUUGUUAAAAUAAGAGUUAUAAAAGUAUUGAUAUUGAAGAGAAAAUUGUUAAAAGAUUAGAUAUUGUUAAGAAUGUUUAAGGUUGACUGGUAAAGAAGUUAAAUCAGCAGAUUUUCCUUUCUUUGCUAUUGAUACAAAAUUUCUCAUUUUAAAUAUUUUCAUAGCUCAUUAAGAAGUAAAAACAGUUUAUUCGUGUUUUAUAAUUUUCUUUUAGCAAUAACAAUAUUCACUCUUGCAAUGUUGUGAAUAUAUAAACCUAUAUAAAAAUUUAUUUGAAAAACAAAAAUAUUUAUCAUGUAUAAAAUUUAAAAUUUUAACAUCUAAUUUUGAGAAUUAUAUAACAUUUUAAAUCAAAAAUAUCAAAUCAUAUACAAUAAACUAUAAAUUUAUAAACAUUCAAAUGUAUUUCUAAUUAUUAUAGGUAAGCCAUCAUUAAUGGUAUCAAUGAGUUGAAUUUGAAUAUACCUUAUAAUUGAAGAAAUUGGUGCUAUAUUUUAAUUUUGUUUUUAAUUUAAUAAAAGAAAACGUUUAAAUUAUUGCUAAAUUAUCUUCAAUGAUAAAGUGAAUGUGCAUACUAUACGUGUUGAAAUCAUUUUCUAAUGCAAAUACAUAUUUUUGCAAAUAUUGCUUCUGUUUUGUACUGUACUGUACUGUAAAUAAUAAUAAAAAUAGGAUUUAUUUUUCAUGCGACGUCCUAAAAGGGAAGGCAAUUUUUGUUGUCGAAGACCUCUCCCGGUGAAGGAUAAUUUUGCAUUGCUGUCAUUAAUGAUGACCGAAAUGUUAUAAAGUAUAGAUAAUUAGUUUAAAUUGAUAAAUAAAUUUUGGAAAUUAUAAUGCAUCGUAAAGAAAAAUAUCAAAAACAAGACUUUUUCAAAAUGUUUGUGAAUUGUGCCUAUUUGUAAAUUAUUUAAAUUUGUUGUCUUGUCUUUUUUUUGUUAGAGUUUAAAAUUCUUAUAUAUUAUUAGUUAUAAUUUUAACAUUCCAUUUGCUGUUCUGUUGUUGUUUCUGUCUUUCAGCUGAAAUUUUUGUUUGCUUCAGCUUUAUAUUAAUAAUUUACAAUGCUGUCUAGACAAGAUUUUUUUUGUGCAUAUAGUUUUUAAUUAACCUUUUGCAUUAUUUAAAAAAGAAAUUACAAACAAAACUGUCUCAGAAUUGUUAUUCGUUUCGAAGGUUUAAAUUUAAGAAUGCCGCUGUGGAGUCAAUUCAAUGUAUAAUUAACUUACUAAUGACAAAAGUAUAUUUGCUAGACUCAUACAAAUGAAUACUGUAUUACAAAUUAACUCACUCAAAACAUCAAAUUACUUAAUUUACAAUAUAUAUACUUAAUAUUGCAAACUUUAAUAUUUAGUCUGUAUAUCAAAUUUUUAUAGUAUAUCAAAUUUUUUUCAUCAAUGUAGUUCAUUGUUAAAAGGUUUUAUACAGUUUUUCAUCAUUUUCUACAAAAUUGUGUUUUUUACAUUGUAAAAAGUAAAAAUAUAUAUACAUAUACAUAUAAAAAGUCAGAAUAUAUAAUAAUUUUUGUUACUUUUUUCUAUAUAGUAUGAAAUCAUGUAUCUUGGUAAAGUAGUAAUUAGUAUGAUGAUUGUAAGCAAAUAACAUACAGUUGAAACAAAUUUUUUUCACAUAUAUAUAAUUUUGAAGCCCUCAGGAUUGUUGUUGCUUAAUUUGAAGAUUAUAAGUAAUGAAUUGAGAAUUUUCAGUGUUUUUAUGAAAACAAGUUUAAGAUUUUAAUUAUGGCUGUUAGCUCACUACCUCUGAUAUUUACUUUAUUAUAUUACAAUUGAUAACUGAAUAAAGUGUACUUAAACUGUUUUUGCUUAGGAGUUUAAAUUGCAAUAACUUUGUUAAAGUGUGUGCUUCCUAAUUUUUUUUAUAAUCUUAAUUGCAAUAAUACAAACUUAUAUUUAUUUUUUCUAAGCUUCCUUUCCUUGCCAGGAGACAAAUAUCAAUGUUUGUGAAAUUUGGUAUGGAAGAAUUGUAUAAUGUCUAGUCGUAUAUAUUUGUUUACACAUAUGUGUAACUGAAAAUGACAAAUUUAUAAUUAAAGUUUGACAUGUAUAAAGUUAGUGUUUAUUUUUUAUAUUAUAUGAAAUCUUCACAUAACAUAUAAGGCUUGACAUAUUGAAAAUUAAAAGUAAACAAACUACUCAAGGAGCCAAAUAUUUUUAAGAAAGCAAGAACCAUGAUUAAAAAUAUUUGAGUUAUU